AUGGACGAACCUGCUGCCAACCUCGUCGUUCCCGAAAGAAAUCGCUCUUCCGAGGGUUCCUCGCAUCCAAGCUCAAUUAACGACAAUGACGUCCUUGAUGAGAAAGGACCCCUCGGCCUCACCUUGCUCUAUACACCCUCUGAGCCUCUGAUUGACUUGAUCUUCGUCCAUGGCCUCGGCGGUGGCUCAAGAAAGACAUGGAGCCUUAGACCUUCAAUCGCACAGAAUUACUGGCCAAAAGAGUGGCUUCCCAAAGACGCCGCCUUCAAAAAUGUCCGCAUUCACAGCUUCGGGUACAACUCGGACUAUGUCCAAAACAGAAAUGAUAGCUGGACCAUACACCGUUUUGGUCAAUCCCUGCUGGCAGACUUGGGAUCCUCGCCGUUUCUCGGCCAAGCAGACACGCCGCUGAUCAUGGUCGGGCACAGCAUGGGAGGCUUGGUGAUAAAGAGCGCUUAUAUGCUAGCCAAACACGACACGACUCUCGAACCUCUAACAACUAGGUUCCGAGCGAUGUAUUUCCUUGCAACACCGCAUCAAGGCUCCGAUUGGGCAAAGGUCCUAGAUCGCAUGUUAAGUGCCUUCUCUCUCUCGCCCGGCUUUGUGGAGGAACUGAAGAGAGGCUCUGCAGCACUCCAGUCUAUCAAUGAAGAAUUCCGCCACUACUUUGAUAAUUUUGAGUUGUUUUAA